AUGGCGGCCUUAGCAAGUGGUCCGUCCGCUGAGCCUAGCCUAACACUCGAGGAAACGGCAACGCAGGGUCCAACUGCAAACGCGCUCUCCAAAACACUCUCCGCUGCAUCUCGAUCUUCUGACGCUUUCCUGUUGCUCAACCGUGAUCUUCUCUACAUCGUUUCGGAAGCAAUCUUGGAACGACUAUGGGUGAGCAACGAGAUAUGGAUUGGAUUCGCUGACGAUGACCCGCUGACCGAACUGCAAUCUUUUCGCAAAGCAGUCAAGCCCAGGCAAGUGGCUGUGGCCAUCCCAGUCGAAAUCCUCCCGGCUUCCUCCUCUUCCUCUUCACUACCCCACGACAUCCUUCGCGUUUAUCUCGUAUCGUCACGCAAGCACUCGGGCAAGUUCGUCUUACCCAAGGGGGGUGUCGAGUCCGGCGAGCACUCCCGCCAAGCCGCGGUUCGAGAGCUCUGGGAGGAAGCAGGUCUCGUUGGCCAAGCACAUCCUUCCAGCCCGGGUCCGCUCUCCAGCACUGUAGCGGCAGACUUGACCAUAGAAGAUCAGAAACCGCACAAGAACAGUCCGGUACAGCAUCCGGGCGAGUCCGGCUUCGUUCCGAGAGCGGUCUAUACGGGCCACGAGGUUCUGCUCGCGGCCGGAGAGGAGGCGAUCAAGGAUGACUGGCCAGAAGCACACGAACGGCGAAGGAAAGCGUUUACCGUCCAGGAAGCAGAGAAGGCGCUCGAGUGGAGACCGGACAUUCAUACCAUCUUCAAACAAUGGGCCGCCGGCCUUCCUCCUCGCAACACCUAA